GACAACGUCAGCACGAUUGGUCGACAUUCUGCUGUAUGGGUCGUUACGUCUUGCUAUUCAUAUUCUAAUGGGAUGUCUAUCUCCUCCUCUAAUAUCUCUGUUCACACGAAAGUUCGAUAGUCAACAUGGCGGCAGCGAUGGAUGUUGAUACCCCAAGCGCCACGAAUAGUGGAGCAAGCAAGAAACGUUUUGAAGUGAAGAAGUGGAAUGCAGUGGCACUUUGGGCCUGGGACAUUGUGGUGGACAACUGUGCCAUCUGUAGGAAUCACAUUAUGGAUCUCUGUGAGUAUGCAUUAACAUUAUUUGACUACUGGGCUAAUAAAGUUGUGUGUUACACAUUUCUCUUGUUCUCCAUAGGCAUAGAGUGCCAGGCUAACCAGGCCUCUGCCACAUCAGAGGAGUGCACCGUAGCCUGGGGAGUCUGCAAUCAUGCAUUCCAUUUCCACUGUAUCUCCCGUUGGUUGAAGACCAGGCAGGUGUGCCCCCUAGACAACAGGGAGUGGGAGUUUCAGAAAUAUGGACACUAGGUGGAAGACUCUAGACCAUUACUUGCGCUUCUGCAAGUUUCAUGCUUUCUGUUGCUUUCUCUUUCUUCGUAUGAUAGACUCCACUUUGAGUACAUUGCAAAUACUGAGGACAUCCACCCCCACAUCUCAUUGUUUUAGGCUCGCUGGAAAACAAUGUUUUUUAAGUUGAAUUUGCAAUGUUGUAAAUUAUAAAUAAACAAUGUUCUGUGUA